AUGAUUUUGAUAAUACCCUUGCUUUACGCAUACAUUUUUCUUGGAUUGGUGAGCGUAAUUAUCCACUGCUUCUUCGGUUACGCACUUGCACGAAAUCAAACGCUACUGCAGCGUUACCGCGUCAUCAUUGCAGAGAUAGUUGCAAAUGGAGUAAGUGCAGCAGCACUAAUGAUUGCUGGGAUUGGCCGCUUGGGAAUGUUCUACAGUAACUACAAUAAACUGGUCAGUCGCCGGCAGUGCAUGCUUAUGCCAUGGAAUAUUCUUUUGGCAUGGACAUCAGACAGCCAAAUUCCAUUCUUCGCGGAUAUGUUCCUUAUUAUUGUCAUCGUUACAUCGAUUGGCAGCGUUGUGCUAUACAUUGCAGUAUAUGCUAUGACUCGGAAAAAUGUCCGAUCUGCACGAAAAAUACAAAUGGUCUGA